UGCACCACUGUAAGACACUGUAUUGCUUCGGUGCAAACGGAAAUGACGACAAUACUAUAGCAGCCACGUAUUUCUUGCAAGGCUCAUUGUUUUUUGCUUGAUUCCUAGGAGCAACGAUUCUGCUCUGAAGAAGCGGGUGGAGGAGUCCAGUGGGAGCGUGAAGGCAUUCGCCGCCCUCUUCUUCGAAUCAUUAUUUCAGAUUCCCUAUCGGUUGCGCAAGGCGGCCGUGGUAUCAGACCAAAUUAUUGAGCGCUGGAACAUCACGGUGCCCCGUAUUGUUCUCGUGGAAGUGCCGUCAUCCCGAUUGGCCGAACGCAUGGGUCCGGUGACGGCGGCGGGCCACCGAGCACUGGCCUUCUGCGACGGACUGCUGGAGCACAACUGGACCCGCCUGUACGCCUGCGAUCCGCACGGUUUCGAAGGAACUCAGACGCAGAAGAGGCGGGUACUCGGUGGCGGAACAGGUCCGACGGGACAAUACAUAGAUGGCACCAACCUCAUCAGCAGCACCUGGCCAUGGGCGUCAGCAGUGGCUGAGGCACUAUGGAGCCCUAAGAGGCAAACGGAUGUGCUUGGCGUCGAGGAUAGGCUGGCGCAAAUGCGUUGCCUUAUGCUCAAGAGGGGAUUUGCUGCGCAACCUGUAGGGCCCGGAUUCUGCCCUUGUGACCUUCUGUAUUAAAAAAAGUAAAUAAGCAAUAUCAGUGAUGAAGAAACUUCUUCGACCAAAAUAAAUAA